AUGCAACCUACUACUGUUACUCGAAUGUUUCAGCCGACCAAGAGGAUGUGGGCGCCUAUGCCUAAGGAGGAGCAUAGCGCCCACACAAUCUCUCAACGAUUGCGCCAAUGGAAGAAGAUUCCUCCCGAGUUGGUUCCUUUGGGAAUCGUCGUCGGUGUCGCUGUCGGAUUCGCCGCUUACUCUUUGGGUCGCAAACUUUUCGUUGAUAAAACUAUGCGUCUCUCUCGCCAAAACAGAAAGGAGUAA